AUGUCGGCGACAGAGUCGAUGCUAGCCUCGAAUAAGCUCGACAGCGGGUCUUGUAUCUUAUUUCAGGAUGAGAAGAAGUCUGUCUUUCUCCUGGAUAUACCAAGAUCUCUCGAGGAAGCCCAGGUCCUGCCGGGCCAAGCCCCACCACGCCGCAUCCUCUCGGGCGUGCCCAUCUCAGCCCCUUUCCCGACGCCAGAACCUAAGGAUGCCGACAGCAGACGUCAUGGCCAGGAGCCCUCGGCUUUAUUGGCAGAUCUCAUGACAGGGGCAGCCGUAAAGGGGGCGCUCGACGUGCUGUUGGAGCAUCACACGGGCCCAUUCUGUCUUUCUCGGAUCACGCGGCAGAACGAGAUUGUGGCUCCGUCUGAAGACGAAUUGACUCAUUUCAUCCCAAUCAAAAGUCACUAUUUUGACGGUACCAUAGAGGAAAAGAGAGGAAAUUUCAUCGAAGAGGCGCCAUCCUUUGAUCUCAUACUUCUUGAUCCUCCUUGGCCGAAUCGAUCCGUGAAGCGGAAACGCGAUGGCUAUGCCACCGCAUUGAACGUAGCGGCGACAAGAUCUCUGCUGUCCCAAAUUCCCGUUGCAUCUCAUCUGGCCGCAGAUGGACUUGUCGCCGUCUGGGUCACCAACAAACCCAGCCUCGUUGAGCUGUUGACCGCCAGUGGCACAGGUAUGCUCACCAAAUGGGGGCUGGAGCUUGUCACCGAAUGGACGUGGCUCAAGAUCACGUCAACGGGGAAGCCAAUGUUUGAUCUCGAUUCGACCUGGAGGAAGCCUUGGGAGCGGCUGCUCAUUGCCAGACGAGUUGGAAGCCGAACCAAGGUACCGCAGAGGGUAUUGCUCGCAGUACCGGACAUCCACUCAAGGAAGCCUAAUCUCCGCCCCGUCUUUGACGACCUGCUCCCACAAGGGUUCGUUGGUCUCGAGGUGUUUGCGAGGAACCUGACAGCCGGGUGGUGGACUUGGGGAAACGAGGCCCUUCGCUUCCAAGAGCGGAACCAAUGGGUCACCUCAUUCGAGGCCGCUACUGCCACACAUGCCCCAAAGAGCACCCCACGAUAA